AUGUUUUUUGGGAAAAGAUCAUGUCUUCACUUCCCACGACCAGCCACAAAUCAGCAAACAGUAAAGAAAGGAAAUUUGCUUUCAAGGAUCAGGCCUGUGACAAAAUCUAGUCUGAACUUACCAUCUCUGGUCAAGUCUCAGAAGCUGAAAUGCUGUGAUAAAAUGGAUGAGAUAAAUGAAGUAUUCCUAAAACUCUCUAUGCUUUACAACAAUUUGCCUGAUCCACUGAGAGAUAUAUUGCUUCAAUGUGCAUGUGAAGAUCAACAAAAGUGUUAUAAGGUUUCCUACUUCGGCAAUUUCUCGAAUUUGAUACCUAAAGAGGCAUAUUGUUCACCACCACCAAGUCAUAUGCCUCUAACAAAAAGAAGGGUUUCUAACUACAUUGCCAAUCAGCCUAGACCUUUAGGAGUCUAUAGACAAGAUAUGCCACUAGCAACUAUCAUUGCAAGAUGGAUACCAAAGACCAUGUCAUUGCAAUAUGACCAGCAAUCAGCUAUUCAAGAACUUGCAAAUUUUGGUGACAUUGAAUCCCUCAUCCCUUGUGGAAGACAAACAAUAAUUGUCACAUUCAAAGAAAUUCGCUCUGCAUGCAAAGCAGUGAGUGCUUUCCCGCCUAAUGGCCCCAACAGGCAUCUCCAGUGCUAUUGGCAUCAUAAAUUCAUGUCACAAUACAACAUUCUAAAAGACUAG